GAUGGUCGACGGUCACGAAUUGUAGUGUGCUGCAGCCGGCUAGUCAAGCGGAUAAUUCGUAAGAGACGACAAAGAGAGUGGGAGCGAGUUAUUAGAAAGUUUAGCUAACAUUUUUACAAUUAUUACAUAUGGAUGUACAUAUGUAUGUACAUACUAGCUAUACACAUUUGCCAACUCUUCCUCAACACAUAUUUAUUAGAUCACUGGGAGUGUAACGUUCGCAACCGGCUAGUCAUAGUAGGGGGUGGUGUUUCGUGUGAGUCAAGCAUUUUGCUCAUAUCGCUUAAAUAGCAGGAGUGUUUGCAGAGAGUGCCGACAGUAGAGCAUACGGCGACGAUCAUAUGGAGCAGGAGUAGUAAUUAGGUACAUACGUACAUAUAUGACGGUCAAACUUAUGUACAAUAUAUACAUAUGUAUAUACGUACAGGCAUAUGCAACAGAUAUAUUACGUGCCACAACUAGCGCGCAUAGCGGCAACCACGGGAACGGCAAUAGAGCAGAAGCUGAAGCAACAGCCAACAGCUAUGGUUAGAAGAAGCAACAGCAGAAAUUAAAUCAUCGUAGAAGUGAGGCCAACAAUAUCGCAUAAUUAAAUUGAAGAGUGUUUUGAGUAGUUAAACAAAUAUUUGUGGCAGAGUUUUAAAAGGAGCAGCUUUUAAAUAAAAACAAUAAUUACACACAUGUAAUAAUGUAUAAUGUAUAACUCUAUUUUUAUUUAAUGUGAGUUAAAUAAAAUUUUAGAGUUGAACUGAACAAAAAAAAAAUUGGCGUAUUUGCAAAAGAAAAAAAAAUUAAGAAAAAAAAGCAAAUACAUUCCAAUGAAAAUUCUGUAACUGAGUGAUUGGAGCACGGCGAUAUCCCUAAACAUUGCAAAUAUUAGCGCAAACUCAAAUACAACCGGAAACCUAAAUAAGUUUGUACGUGUGUAAUUAAAUAAUUUUACGCGUUAUAUACGCAUACAAAUAUACUUACGAAAUUAAGUAUUACCAAAUCACGCAAACUCUACGUAAACGGGUGUGAUAUGAACGUCAGUAUCAUAGAUAAUACAUACUUAUGUCAAUACAUAUGUAUCUAGAUAUAUAUAUACAUAUAUGUAAGUAAAUAGUGGUGCGAUUAUGCGUGCUUUUGGUGCAUACGUGUAUAUAUGUACAUAUGUACAUACAUACAUAAAUACAUAUGCAUAUAAACAGUAAACAUCAGUUGUAAUUGAAACUCAAAAAUAGUGAAAUUAUAUGUAUGUACAUAUGUAUGAAAUAUGUGUAUACACAGCAAAAGAAACAUCAACAUGAUUAGACAAAAAAUGUUUUGAUGAAAAGUAACUAAGCCCAUAUUCAUCAGCAAAUAAUAGAAAAGUCAAUGCAGCAGAUGUGAGAUAAAGAGAAAGUGCAUGCACGCAUGAACUUAGAAAUGGAAAAUAUACAUAAAUCAAUAUAAAUAAAUAAUAGAAUAGCAAAACAUUCAGAGAUGCUCAAUAGAUUUCUGAAAUAAACAAGAUAAACCAGCAACAGCAAACGAGCACACGGUUUUAGAGCGAAUCAAAUGUAAACUCAAGUGAUAACAGCACAAACUCUAUUCAAACAAAAUAAAAACAUUUCGAAGUGGAACAUUUGUUGUACACACAAGCCGUUAUCAGCCGUUGAUAUUUCGAGUUUUGCCAGUGCACUAUAUAAAACCGUGUACCGCAUAAAUUAAGCUGCAAGCUAGUUUUCAAGAACCAUAUUUGUAGUUUCCCAUUUGCAAGAACAGGUGCAGUAGUUAAACCCUAUAAACUAAAAUAACAUAAAAAAAUUACUCUUAAACGUUAGUGCAAAUCACUUAUGAACUCAAAUUGAAUUGUCCGCCUGAGAUUUUUGUGCGCAAAUCGAAAUACUCUAGCAACGAGCAAACUCAUUAUGGUUCAAGGAACACUGUGCGAACAUAAAACAAAUACAAACGCAUGGCAAACAGUGAGCUAUAGUAAAAAACCGCAAACGAAAAAUCACCUUAAAGCAAAAGGUGGAGGUGGUGGUAGUAUCGAUAAGUCAAAUAUACAAAUUAAAAAUACAUUGAACAAAAAUUCGCUAGCAAAACCGAAAUCGCAAACUACUACAUUGCUUUUGAGAGUGGCAGCGAAUAAUCAAAAAAUCUCAAGGACGAAAACGUCAACAACUCAAAAACCGAAUUUGGCACAACCAAAUAAUGCCGCAGUGAAGCAGAAAACAGCACCCACUGUUGACAAAACAAAAACAGCGAUAGCUGCAGUUGGCAACAUACCAACUCAGCAGCAACAACAAACACUGCGUAAUCGACAGCAGCAGCAGCAGCAACAGCAACACGUUCAGCGGCAGCAAUCGCCCUUAUUGUAUGUUCGUCGUCGGCGAGUAAAUCACGAAAUCAGACAAAUUAAACGUGCUCACCGCCACCUAUUGACAAGUGGCGGGUGCGACUGGCAGCACCGCCAAGCGACCGAUAGUAGUGGCACUGGUGUGGCAACCGUACGCAAGCAAGACGUCAAGUGUCAAACGAAGGCGAAUAACAACUGUAGUCAUUCGAACAGCUGUCGCUGUACAGCGACAAAGAAGAAACAGCAAAAGUGUCAUCCAUCGCAACAACAAAAGCAACAGAAGAGAAAAUUGCAAAUUUUAGUGAAAAAUGCCCACAGUGGCGGAGGAGCAGGUAGUAAUAGCAGUGGUAAAUCAAAGCAGGAGAAAGGUAAACAACAAAUUGGCAUUGAACGUGUUGGUACUGUGAAAUCGAAAGAGACCUAUGCAGAAUCUGUUAUCUCUUCGCGUUGGGAUUCAAUCGAAGAACAAUUAAAUUAUCUGGAUAAAUUACUGUAUUUCUGUGAGGACGAGGAAGAUGCCUGUUGUGCAUGGAAUUGUAAUAUAAACAAAGCUUACGAUUGCUGUAGUGAAAGAGCAAAAUCAGAGGAAAUUUAUUACGAAGGGGACGUCGACGACGACUACGAAAGUGACUGGAGUACUGAUUGGAGCCAAUCAGAUAUGUCAACUACAGAUAAGAGUGUAGAUGAUGCAGACAUGCAAUCCACAACAAGUGGUGCAGGAUCUGCAUCCACAACUACGUCACCUGUUGUCCCUACCUCACAUAGACGACGCGGUCAUCAGCAUCAUCCCCGUUUUUCGGGCACACGCCGUCCAAAUAUUCCAAAUGUUCAGGAAAUACUUGCUGCAUUAUAUCGAGGUGAUUCACAAAGUGUUCUCACCAACUUACGUCAAGCCAGUCAGGCAGUACAAGAAGACAUCACAUUGUCCGUUGGUGGCGGAAGCGAUGUAGAAACAGUAUCUUCCACAAUGGGAGAUUCACAAUAUACAGAUGAACCAGAUGAAGACUUGGAAUUACAGCUUUCAAAAUCAUCAAUGCUUAACUUGCCUCUAACCGACUCAGUAACCACGUCGAUGGGCAGCAACAGUCCAACUCCCACGGAUGAAAGCAGUAUGGUUGAUGAAGGCGUGGUAAGCGCACAAACGCCCACUAGCAAUAUUGAAGCUGAGAGUGUGACUCCGAAAUCACAAAAAAUCAAAUCUAAACGUGAUAAAAGUGAAAAACUUGAUCGUUCAGAAAAAAAGAAAAGGGCAAAGAAGGAUAAAAGUAAACGUGCAUCAGUUUGUUCCGAUGCAGAUGGUAAUAUAGUUAGUUCAGGUGAAGUGCUCACCGCGGCAGAUGAAGGUAUUGCCAUCGAUGAUGAGGAUGUACAAGCAGCUGAGUGGGCGAAGUUACGUUGUACCAGUGAAGCCGCGGAAAUUGUUGCAGAGCGUGAGGCGCGUCGAAAUAAAGGUCGUUGCGCCGACUAUCCUGGACUUGCAUUUGGUCGUUCCAUAUUCAGCUCUGAUACCAUGAUGAAGUUCAAUAUCAUACGUAACGAAUUGCAUAACAUCAUGAAAACGCAGCUUAAACGGGCCGAAUCAGAAGUAGCUGCAUUGAAUCGUCGCAUUCAAUUGCUCGAAGAAGACUUGGAACGUUCAGAGGAACGUUUGGGAUCAGCCACAGCCAAGCUUUCGGAAGCUUCUCAAGCUGCCGAUGAGAGCGAACGCGCUCGCAAGAUUCUUGAGAACCGCGCCCUUGCCGAUGAAGAACGCAUGGACGCCCUUGAGAAUCAAUUGAAGGAAGCUCGUUUCCUUGCUGAGGAGGCUGACAAGAAAUACGAUGAGGUUGCCAGAAAGUUAGUCCUCAUGGAACAGGAUUUGGAACGUUCCGAGGAAAAAGUUGAACUUAGCGAAAGCAAAAUUGUGGAGCUUGAGGAAGAACUCCGCGUUGUUGGCAACAACUUGAAAUCCCUGGAAGUAUCAGAGGAAAAGGCCACGCAAAAAGAGGAAACUUUCGAGAGUCAAAUCAGACUUUUGGAUCAUCAGUUGAGAGAGGCUGAAGCUCGUGCUGAAUUCGCUGAACGUUCCGUUCAAAAAUUGCAGAAGGAAGUCGACAGGCUCGAAGAUGAGAUGAUCAUAGAAAAGGAGCACUACGCCUUGAUCGGCGACAGUCUCGAUUUGGCAUUCGUUGAUUUGAUGGGUAUGGAACCAUUCUACACCGACCGUAAUCCCAAACCGCCAACACCAAAAAUACCUACACCAACGCCUGAAGAAAUCGCCGCUGCCGAGGAGGCGGCUGCUGCAGCUGAAGCUGCUGCUAAAGCUGCGGCUGAAGCGGCCGAGCGUGGUGAGGCAGUUGAAAGUGUUGCUGAAGGUGCACCGGCAGCUGGUGAGGGUGCAGCUGUGGCAGCUGAAGUGGUACCUGAACCAGCUAAGGAACCCACACCACCGCCACCACCUCCACCACCAUUUGAAUAUGCCAUCGAUUUGCCACCGGAGGGUGCUGAAGUGCCAUACGUUAAGAACUUUGAUCCCAAUGCAAUUCCACCACCAGCAGAGGAAGCACCAGCGGAGGGCGCCCCAGCAGCUGAAGGUGCUCCAACUGCGGAGGGUGCUGCACCUGCGGAAGGGGCCCCAGCUCCAGCGGCUGAGGGAGCACCACCAUCCGAAGGAGCACCUGCACCAGCACCAGUUGCCGAAGCUGCACCACCAGCCGAAGGAGCACCGACAGCUGAAGUUGCACCUGCCCCGGCUGCUGACGGUGUCCCUGCUCCAACAGCAGAAGCUCCGGCCGCUGAAGCACCACCACCACCACCUGCGGAAGCAGCACCAGCUCCCCCAGCUGAUGCCCCACCAGCAUAAUUGGAUACUUAAACUAAAGGAUCGUCAAAUGAACUACGAUGAAAUUAAAUACUGUGAUUAACUGCGAUUUUCCACAAUAAAAAAAUUAAAAAGAACAA